AUGCGCGCUGGGCCCGUCAGUGCCGCGGCGGACGCGGGCGGAGCGGCGCGGUGCCGCAGCGAGACGCCCCCGCCACGGAGCACGUGUGCGCGCCCGCCGACAGCGCGCCGCCGAGCGCGCGCCCACCGCCCGCGCGCCACGCGCCCCUCUUGCGACAUGGACGCGCUCUCCGAUGACGACGAAUACACGCGCCGGGAGUCUCAGAUCAGCACCCUGGUGGCGACACGAGGCGAAGCGGCGGCGGGUGGAGCGGCAGUGCAACGUGUGGGUGCAGCCGUGUGCUGUGCCGUGGAAAGGUUCGUGGCCGUUGGUGAAACCAUCGCAGACGACAACCCCGACGUGCGACACAGCAUGGUCCUCGCGUGCAAGGAAGCACGAUCUGCAGGUCGCGCCAUCGAACGAGUGUGCACGGGCGCGGACGGAGCUGGCAUGGUAUCGGCGGCGCGUGCGCUCCUCGCCGCUGUCACCAGAGUCCUACUCCUGGCCGAUAUGGUCGUCGUACGGCAACUACUGCUUGCCAAAGACAAGGUGGCUCGAUCGCUGGAUCGCCUGGAGUCCGUGUCAAACUUCGCGGAGUUCGUGCGGGCGUUCACAGAGUUUGGCGGAGGGAUGGUGGAGCUAGCGAGACUGACUGCCGAGCGCCGCGCCGACCUACGUGACGAACGACGAAGAGCCCAAGUUGCCGCGGCACGGAAUGUUCUGGAAAGAUCUACACUUAUGUUACUUACUUCAUCUAAGACAUGUAUGCGGCAUCCAGGCAGCGCAUCAGCAAGAGAAAACCGUGAUACUGUGUUCUGUCAAAUGCGGCGAGCUAUGGAUCUAAUACACUACGUAGUCCGUGACGGUCUUCCAGGGCACGAGGAACACUCUCAUGAGUUGCAACCUUACUCGGAUAGUCAUGAACAGGCUGCGCAAUGGGAAGCGGGAACAGCACUAGGUGCACUACGGGGAUUGACGGCGCAAGUGAGAGCGGCGAGAGCACGUGGAGGUGCCGAUGCAGCUCGGAGACGAGCUCUCGCAGGCACGUUACGAGCACUCGUCGAGAGAACACACGACUUCACAGAUUCCGCCUACACAUCUCACGAACAUAGGCAGAGAAUACUCGCGCUCGCCGAACGGAUAGCGUACGAGUUGGAAAGACUGGUUGCCGUGGCUGUAUCCGUAGAAGAGCAGGGCACAAGUGGUGCUGGAGCCGCUAUGGAAAGCGCUUGCGCAGGUGCCACGAGCGCGGCGUCAGAAUUGGAGCGUGCGUUAGUAGUGGCAGCAAGAGACCAAGCGCGUGAUCUCGCACCACUAGCUGACGAAGCUCGAAGACUCGCCUCCGACCUCGCGCACAUAGGUAACCUACGACGGAAAAUAGCUAGUUCCUGUGGUGAGAGAGAAUCAGAGAGACUGCACAAUAUUGCCAGCCGGCUUCACGAACAAUUAGAUCACAUAAUAGAGGUAUGCAAAUUACUUAGACAUAUAGCGAUGUCCGAGACACUCCAAGUUAGUGCAAAAUUCGCGGAGAUAAACCUGAGGAUAUACGGCCCCCAAGUGGUUACGGCAGCAAGAACAUUAGCAGCGCAUCCGGGAAGCGCAGCGGCGCGAGAAAAUCUCGACGUGUUCGUGGAUAUGUGGGCCUGGUUGCUGGCAGAUGCAGCUCGCCUUGCUAGAGAAUUGCUUGACCUCACGGAUGACAGACCGGACAAGCAACAGUAUAGCAGUUUACCCAGACCCGGUAAACAUGGUACCACAAGUAAACCCUUAAAAGCAGUACGACUGGAUUCCGAUGAACAAGCAAAGAUAGCUAAAUCGGGCUUAGAAAUGAAAAUGAUGUCCUCUGAGAUGGACGCCGAAACUGAAAAAUGGCAGGGUGCAGCUGCAGACGAAAACAACGAUAUUGUGAAGAGGGCAAAAAAUAUGUCUUCCAUGGCUUUCGCUAUGUAUCAAUUUACUAAAGGCGAAGGCCGUCUUAAUACCACGCAAGACCUUUUCACACAAGCUGAAUAUUUUGCUGAAGAAGCAAAUAGGCUUUAUAAAAUUGUGCGACAAUUUUCUUAUCAGGUGCCAGCGGGAACGACAAAAAAAGAGUUAUUAGAGCAUCUAGAUAAGGUGCCGACGUAUGUGCAGCAAUUACAGUUCACCGUCAAGGAGCCGACCGUCGGUCGCGCUGCCACUUUCAGCAAAGUCGAUAAUGUCAUACAAGAAACCAAGCAUCUUAUGAACGUCAUCAGCAAAGUUGUAACCACAUGUUUCGACUGCGCAAAUAAGGGUCUUAUACCGCUGGAGAAAGCGAUAAACAAAUCCUCAGCGAAUACAAGGGACGACUCGUACAAGCUGGACUUCACGGGGCUGUCGGCGGGAGCGGGCGGGGGCGCUGGCGGCGCGGGCGGCGGGCGGGGCGCGGCGCGCGACGAGGACGGCGGCGGCGGCGUCGGCGGCGACGCUAAGCCGGGUGGCAGCUCCUCCGACACGGCCAUGUGA